AAAUCCGAAAUUUCCCACCUCUCGUUGCUCCGAUCCCCACCUCUAUCUAAAUUCUAAACACCACUCUCUCUGUCUCUCAAAACACCAAUACCACACUCUCAAUUUCACUUCCAAUCGCCAACGAAAGAAACAAAGAAAGGGGAAGAGAAAAAAUGGCUGCAACUUCCGCAGUUUCUAUGGCGAUGCCAUUGACCAGCGCCAGCCAGAAGAAGGCCCCAAACUCCGAGGCCUUCCUCAGGCCAUUGCCCGUUAGGACAUCCAAGGCCGUCACGGUGGCACCGAGAUCGACCGGGAAGCUCGAGGUCAGAGCUUCGAUGAAGGAGAAGGUUGUGACCGGGCUCACCGCCGGGGCGAUGACUGCAUCGAUGGUGAUCCCUCAGGUGGCCGAGGCAGCCGGUCCAGGAGUCUCUCCAUCGCUAAAGAACUUCUUGCUCAGCAUUGUCGCUGGAGGAGUUGUUUUCGCGGCCAUUGUCGGCGUCGUCAUCGGAGUCUCCAACUUCGAUCCCGUUAAGCGGAGCUGAGGGAGAGACUGAAGUUUGUUUUUUUUUUAGUUUCUCGAGAAUUUUAUGGCAAGAUUCUUGAUUUCAAAGUUUUCAUUAAUGUAAUCUGUUGUGUAAUGGUGUUUAUGUGUUCUGUGGUGUAAUAUGCGACUCCUCUCUUUUCAUCAGCCUUUCUUUAUUUUCUGCGGAA